AAGUCAAACCAAUAACAUGGCAGGGAGGGCGCUAAGGCCAUUUCUCCGGCAUACUGCACAUAAACUACAAACACAACCUAAGUUUAAUUACUAUCGUACCUUCCUCUCUGCCUCUUAUCGCUGUGAGGAAGCCUGGAACAAACGACUACAACUCCCUCUCAUAGCUGCCAUAAAACCUAGUGAAUACUUCUAUGAACUGGACUUGAAGUAUAAGCAGGAAGGGAAAGUGAGCGCUAUUGAUGUGGAUCUGUUUGUGAACAAGAUAGAAAAAUCCGAAGCAGUGGGUUUUGAAGAUGAAAUCGAAGACUUGAUCCACCGCCUCCGUCGUUCACCCGAGACCGUACGAACGCUGCCCUCAACCCCUCAUGCUGUGCUGCGCGUCCUGUCAGAGGGAGGCUGCACCCCGACCUUACUGAAACUCAUAUCCGAUCCUCUCAAUUAUGGGAUAUUUCCAGAUCAUUAUAUAUCCAACCUCCUCAUGGAUACUUUCUUAGAGCAGAAGAAUUAUACAGCUGCGGCUCGAGUGGCAUCAAUUCACAUGCUCCAGGAAGAUUUUGGCUCCUCGUUGACCCAGGCACUGACAUUGGCUUCCUGUUAUUCCUACGUCACCUCGGAGGAGAACCAACCGUGGGAGGACUACACCCCACAAGUAGAACAACCUGAAGAAGAGGUAAAAAUUCGAGUGAAAUUUCUCCGCAAUCCUUACUUCGACGACCACUUUGACUUAAAAGAUCCCAAUCACAUCGUUGGCAAGACAUUAGCCUGGCUCUCCCCUCUGAUUGGUGGCUCAGUUGGCAUUAGCUGUGAGAUACUAGGUUGGGCGCUUUAUAAUAAGUGGAAGGAACUGGAUACUGCACUAGACUCAGCAAAUAAAGGAACAGAUUCAGUUGCUGCAUCUGUGUUAACCAGAGUAAAGAACUUCCUUGAAACUUGUGAUGAUCUUGAGAUAAAGGAAAGAAUCACAUCAGGCAUCUUGCGUCUUGAAGCCAGUGGGGAUAAGGUAGCCGAACUUGACUUAGGAUCGUGUAUUAAUGAGAUGGUUCAGAAAGCUGCCACCGAGGCCGAAUCGAGCGAUAUAAAGGCUCAGGAAGAUACUUACUUAAGUUGGGAGAAGAUAAGGGAAAAUGAGUUCCAAGUUCAACUGGACGAGUACAAGAAGCGACAACUACUGGCAGAGAUAGAGAGGAAGAAGAAGGACUUGGCUGAGAGAGAAGAAGUGAUAUUCUUCUUUGACAACAAGGAAAAGUUGGAGAUGUUGUUACCAGACACGAGGAGAAAGUACUACCCAAAGAAGCUGUCACUGAGAUACCCAAAAAAGAAGCCCAGAAAGGUGGAUGAAGGCUACAUUCCUCCUGAAGUCAUCCAACGGUAAACAUUCUCCGAGUAAUGUCAUCCGGGAAGCUUCAGUCUCAAGUGCACAUUACCAGGGGCUUAAUGUACAGAGAUUAUCAUAAGUCCAGAGACAUAAGGCAGGUUAAGCUGUUUGUGUUUACUUUAUCACAUUUCCAAAUUGUUUGAAACUGUUUGUUAUUAAAUGUUUCUCAAGUAGUUUCAUUUUGGAAGGAUCCAGUUUCAGGUAGGCAUUUGUAAGAGUUUAAUGUACUGGAGAAUUUGAACAUGUUAACAGAUUCCUAAUUUUGUUAUGAUUUUGAGUCUUGUCAACACAAAUGUUUAAGAAUUUAAGAAAAGUAAAGAUGUUUUGUUUUUCCAAGUGGCCAUUAAUUCAUCUGCUAUUGUGUAUUGCGCUGCUUCAUUAUUCCUUUGUACAUUAAACUCUUUAACUUAACAGUGUAAACUUGUCUGUAGAUUGUGAGUAGUAGUUUUCUCUGUAAAAUACCUGUACUGAAAAUUUAUUUUUUAUGUUUUUAUUGAUUUCUGGUUCAUGGAGUUGCAUUAUUGCAAGACAAGUUAGAUUUGCAAAUCCUGAGGUCAGCUGAGGAAGGAGUGAUUUGGUCUCUGUAAGCUAUGCCUUAAUUAUAAACUUAUUAGAAAAUGCAAAGUUAAAUAGGGCAAAUACUUCAUUAAAUCUACUGGUGAAAAUAUUCAGAAUUGUAAAUAAAUUUGAGAUUUGUAAUAAAGUAUUUAUUAAAGAA